AUGCGCCACCACCUCCCCUCGUUCCGCGUCCGGCACGCGCGCGACUUCCGGCUUGCGGUGAGCGGCGGCGGCGGGUCGCUGUUCGUCAAGCCCGGUGGGCAGGUCGUCGCGGCCCAUCCCGGCGCGCUGAAGAGCAAGACCGAGAACCUGGCCGCCGAGGGACCGCACCCGCACCCGGGGAGCGCCAGGGGCGCACCAAAGGUUGUGGAUGAUACUCGCUUGAUCAGGCCGGGUGAUUGGCUUGGGGAUGGGGAAGCCGACACCUCGGCGCAGGACGGUCAGGACGGUUUGGACGGUCAAGGCGAUCCGGGCUGGCAGGACUUGUCGGGCCAAGGGGAGGAGGGUUCGGGAAGGGAAGGGCAGAUUGUGGUGCCAGACGAUGCGGGGGGACCGGAUGUGACGGUGAGCACGACAGGUCGUCGAGUGGACGGCCCUCCGAUCAUUGCUCAGACUGCAUUCCCCGACAUCGUGGUCACUACGUUCACCAAAGUCAAUAUCUUUGGGACAACACUGCCUUUGUCUGCCAUCCACUACGACCACCGCCCUCGAUACCACCACAACUGCGAGCUCAACCACCACCUCGUCCUCCGCCGCUGCCGCCCCCACUGCCAAUCUCAGCGCCGCGCUCCAGCAGCACGAGAAACAGCUCCGUGCCGGGAUCGCAUUCUCGGCAUUGCGGCGCUCGGCUUCGUCGUCGCGGUCCUCGCCUGGUGGCUCCGACCCGCCGCUUUACCGCGCACCGCGACGACGAUGACGACAAACAACACCAACAACAACGUCACCACCCUCGAGAGCGGCCGGCACCGCAACCUCGCGGGCUCGGGAUCGUUGCUCCGGGCUUGGAUGGUCCGUCUGGCGCAGGCGCGAACGGGCCGUCGACCAGACGCACCCGGCGACCGCCGCUUCACCGACAUCAACGGGUCUUGGCCGAACCCUCUCCCUCCGGACCGAGGAGGUCAGUCGCAUGCGUAUGCGCACCCGUCGCUCCCGCAGGUGACGCCCGGGACGCCGUUCGUCGACGUGCGCCUGGAGGACACGCCGCGGACGCUGCAGAUCGCGAACCUCGCCCGGGCGACAUCUCAGCGGACAGCGGCGAUGGUGAUGCCGCGGAGCCGGCCGGCCGUGGAGCCCGCUGAAGAUGCAGAGACUCCGCGCGGCGGGUGGGAGCGGGAGGAGCAGGCUCGAUUAGAGAAGCCGCUGCCGUAUCCCGGCGAGAUACAGCGCUAUUCGAGCAGCGACAGUCAGGAGACGAAGAGGGGGGAGGAGAAGGAGAAAGGGCAAGAACAAGAGCAAGAGCAGGAGCAGGAGCAAGAGCAGAGGUCUGAGAGCUGGACGGCGUCGAUCCGGUCCAACUUCUUCAACGCGCUCAACGCCGUCGUCGGCACUGGGGCGGGCACCGGACCCCCACACUGGCUCCCGCCCCCGACGCCGGACUCAUCACCCACGGGGGCCAUCGAGAAGGACGCGAGCCCGCCGGUGUACGGCCCUACAAACGACAGUUUCACUCUCCCACCUACGCGCAAGCUCCGGAACAGCAUAUCCGUGCACGUCCGGACCGAGAAGGAGACGUUCUGCGACCAGACCCUCCCGGGCGCCGGCGCUGACCAAGAGCUCGAGUCCGUCCCCGAGUACGCGAGCCCCGAGCCGCUGCCGACGCAGCGUACGAGUUCGGAACGAGUACACGACACGUACACAUCGGACGACACAUUGGGCGAGGGCGACGAGACGCUCGCAGAGGCAAUGGCUGCCGUCGCUGGGGCCGUCGACUUUGAGAAGCCCACCCCGCGCGUCGGACAAGAGCGGCGCGGCGGCGUGGUGCACGCGAUCCGGAGCGCGGCGGGCGUGGUGCGGCGGGCAUCGCUCGCCGUCGCGAGCCCCAUCCUCGGCCGACGCGGGACGCCGCGCACCCCAGCGGUGCAGGCGUUCGAACACCGCAAGAGCACAGUGAUCUUCGACGCGUCCUUCGACGAGCAUGAGCCAAGCGACUCGGGGCCAGGGCCCGUCGACCCUCGCACUAACCGUCGGACUAAGCGCACCGGCACCAUCUUCUCGUUCGACGACGGUGACGAGGGCGAGCUGUCCGAGGACGAGCGGCUGGCGCAGCGCGUCCUGCGCCAGCGGCGGCGACGGGUGCUGGAACUCCUGAAGCCCAGGCCUGUGGCGAGGGCGAAGACGCGGGCGAAGGCGGCGAAGGAGAGCAAGACGGUCUCGCGGCGGAAGCAGACGCAGCGGCGCAAGGAGAAGGUCGUCGGGUAG